CUCAUAGCUCGUCCUUUCCCACCAUCGCAAUUAACGCCAAGAAAAGGGGUGAUUGCUUGUUUUUUUCAAACUUUUUUACCGUAUUCAAUUCAAGUUGGCUAAGUUAGAUUUUUUUUUUCUGAAGGACUACGGCGAUUUCAGCAAUUAUUGAAAUUGUUCAACAACAGGUUGCUUUGUGAGGAUCCCACCAAGUCUUUGGAUUUCUUACAAUACUUCUUCUUAAUCAAUGUCCAGAAAUGUAGAAAUUAAGCAAAAUGCUCCAAGGGACUCUCAAGACUCAUUAUCCUCAGACAUUACAUUUCACAGAACGGAUGGCCCACAAGAGAAUCCGUUUUUAGGAAGAGACGAAUUUGAGGAUAUCUUCGGCGCAGAAAGUCAGUUUGUUUCUUCUUCUGGACAGGAUUCAAGAAAUCCGUUUCUGAGCUAUGAUGGGUCAGGACGCAUGGGUCGAAUCAAUGAUCCUAACAAUCCUUAUGUCAGAGCCACAGGUGCAGAUGUACGGAAAAUCGAGAUUCCUUUGCGUAAUUUUGCAGAUCCCAUUCAAAAUGAAGACUUCAUACCUGAUGGAGGACAAGGAUUUUUUGAACGAUUAAAGUCUUGGAAGCGUGUAUUCAAAAGGAAAGAAAAACAUAUUGAUCCAAAAGAACUGGGUCCUAGAAUGAUUACCUUAAAUGACUAUGCUGCCAACCAUUUUUUAGAUAACGUCGUCUCCACUUGCAAGUACAAUGCAGUCAGUUUCCUUCCGAAGUUUUUAAAAGAGCAAUUUUCCAAGUAUUCAAAUUUGUUCUUCUUGUUUACAGCUGUUAUUCAACAGAUUCCAGGAAUUACUCCCAUGAAUCGUUAUACAACAAUCGGCCCCAUGCUCGUUGUCUUGUCUGUGUCUGGGGUAAAAGAAAUCAUGGAAGACAUAAAACGAAAGAAGCAGGAUGAGGAAACGAAUAAUUCGGUUUGCUAUGUUUUGCAAGGUACUGGGUUUGUCGAAAAGCAGUGGAAAGAUGUCCAAGUUGGUGAUAUUGUGAAAGUCGUGUCUGAAACUUUCUUUCCUGCUGAUCUGGUCUUGUUGUCUUCUUCUGAGCCAGAGGGUCUUUGUUACAUUGAGACCGCUAAUCUUGAUGGCGAAACAAACCUCAAAGUGAAACAGGCGCUGCCGGAGACGUCUAGUUUGUUGAAGCCUAUAGAAUUAAGCCAGCUGGAAGGCACAGUAAAGUCUGAACAACCAAACAAUAGUCUGUAUACAUAUGAUGCAACAUUGAAACUUCUUCCUAAUGAUCGUGAGUUACCCUUGAGUCCAGAACAAUUGUUGCUUCGCGGUGCUCAACUUCGUAACACACCUUGGGUUUACGGACUUGUCGUUUUCACUGGGCACGAGACGAAACUCAUGAGGAACACAAUGGAAACUCCCGUUAAACGUACAGCUGUUGAAAAGCAAGUAAAUACACAGAUUCUUUACCUUCUCUUUAUUUUUGUCUUCCUUUGUUUUUCUUCUUCACUUGGUUCUCUUAUUCAACGAUCUGUUUAUGGCUCUGCUUUUUCGUACUUGUCUAUUACCGCUUCUCGGGGUGGUGAAUUUUUUAAACAGCUUCUGACAUUUUGGAUUCUGUACUCCAAUCUUGUUCCUAUCUCUCUCUUUGUUACAUUUGAAUUGGUCCGUUAUAUACAAGCUCAACUUAUUAGUAGUGACCUUGAUAUGUACCAUGAAGAAACAGAUGUACCGGCUGCUUGUCGUACAUCUUCUUUAGUUGAAGAGUUGGGUCAGGUCGGUUAUAUUUUUAGUGAUAAAACAGGUACGUUGACACGUAACCAAAUGGAGUUUCGUCAAUGCUCUAUCGCUGGAUUAGCUUAUGCCGAUGUUAUCCCUGAAGACCGCCAGUAUUCAGAAGAAUUGGAUUCCGACAUGUUGGUAUACGACUUCUCUACUUUAAAAAAAAAUCUUAAUUCCAGCAAUGGUGAAUUAAUUCAUCACUUUCUGUUGGUCCUCUCAAUUUGUCAUACUGUUAUUCCGGAGUUUGAUGAAACAUCCAAUUUAAUGAAAUAUCAGGCUUCUUCCCCUGAUGAAGGUGCAUUAGUAAAGGGAGCCGUAAGCAUUGGUUACGAAUUUUUGGCUAGAAAACCACGAUACGUUACGGUUAAAUUAUUUGAUAAGGAAGAGACCUACGAAUUGCUCAACAUAUGUGAGUUCAAUUCCACGAGAAAGAGAAUGUCUAUUGUUUUCCGUUGUCCAGAUGGAAAAGUCAGAUUGUAUAUAAAAGGUGCUGAUACUGUCAUCCUUGACAGGCUUGUUAGCGGGUGUCCGUAUCUUCAAACUACAAUUCAUCAUUUGGAGGAUUAUGCAACUGUUGGCUUGCGAACGUUGUGUAUCGCUAUGAGAGAAAUAUCCGAUUCCGAUUACCAAAAAUGGUCAGUUAUUUACGAAGCAGCAUCAACAAGUUUGGUAGAUAGAGCCCAAAAAUUAAUGGAUGCUGCAGAAAUGAUUGAAAAAGACUUGACACUUCUUGGAGCUACAGCUAUUGAGGAUAGGUUACAAGAUGGAGUGCCUGAUACAAUCUCAACACUACAGACUGCAGGCAUAAAAAUAUGGGUCUUAACAGGUGACAGACAAGAGACCGCAAUCAAUAUUGGAAUGAGCUGUAAACUUAUUGAUGAGGAUAUGGGCCUAGUCAUUGUAAAUGAGCAAACAAAAGAAGCCACUGCCGAAAGCAUUAUGUCAAAAUUAUCUUCCAUUUAUAGAAAUGAACAUAAUACUGGAAGUAUAGAGUCGAUGGCUUUAAUCAUUGAUGGUGUUUCUCUUACCUUCGCUUUAGAGCGUUCGCUUGAACGGCGCUUCUUUGAGCUUGCUUCCCUAUGCCGUGCUGUUAUAUGCUGUCGAGUAUCACCAUUACAAAAAGCUUUGGUAGUUAAGAUGGUAAAGCGAAACACGGAUUCCAUUUUAUUAGCGAUUGGUGACGGCGCCAACGAUGUUCCUAUGAUUCAAGAGGCUAACAUCGGUGUCGGAAUAAGUGGAAUGGAAGGCUUACAGGCCGUCAGAAGUUCGGAUUUCUCUAUUUCUCAGUUCUGCUAUUUAAGAAAGCUGUUGUUGGUUCAUGGAUCAUGGUGCUACCAGCGCCUUAGCAAAUUGAUAUUGUACUCAUUUUAUAAAAAUGUCGCUCUCUAUAUGACUCAAUUUUGGUUUGCCUUCUGUAAUGCUUUUUCUGGGCAAGUUACUUACGAAUCCUGGUCAAUUUCUUUAUACAACGUUCUGUUUACAGUUCUGCCUCCUAUUGUUAUUGGAAUUUUUGACCAAUUCGUAAGUGCAAGCCAACUAUAUCAAUAUCCUCAACUCUAUCAGCUAGGACAGCGUGGAGAGUUUUUUAAUAUAAAACGAUUUUGGGCAUGGAUAGCAAAUGGGUUCUAUCAUUCAUUACUUUUGUUCUUAUGUUCGAUUGCAGUGUUUGACUCUGAUGGCCCUAAUUCUAACGGCCCCACUUCUGGCCAUUGGGUUUGGGGAACCACCCUCUAUGCAACUAUUUUAGCUACUGUUUUAGGUAAAGCCGCUCUUAUCAGUAAUCACUGGACGCAUUACAUGAUUAUUGCUACUCUAGGGUCUUUUGUCUUUUGGUUGGUUUUCAUGCCGAUCUAUUCUAUAGUUGCGCCAGCCAUUGGGUUUUCAAAGGAAUUUAAAGGAAUUAUACCUUACCUGCAUGGAAAUCUAAAAUUUUGGGCUUCAAUACUUGUAUUUCCUACAUUUGCUUUAAUGCGUGAUUUCGUUUGGAAAUACUCAUCAAGAAUGUACUACCCCGAAGAGUAUCAUUACGUCCAAGAGAUACAAAAGUAUAAUGUUACAGACUAUAGACCGCGAAUGAUUGGGUUUCAUAAGGCUAUUCGCAAAAUUCGGCAGAUGCAAAGAAUGCGCAAACAGAGAGGAUAUGCAUUUUCACAAGGAGAGGAAGAUCAAUCCAGAAUCCUCGAUGCUUACGAUACAACCCACGUUCGUGGAGCUUAUGGAGAAAUGCGCUAGGAUCUUCAGACAGAAUUCGAAAAGUGCAUGUCGUGUCACCUUCUUUCCUUUUAUUUUUCUAAAUAAUGUUUUAAUGAGUUUUCUUAAAUGUUUUUCCUGUAUAACUAAAAAAAUCACUCGUUAAAUUAACUGCCGGUAUUAACUUUUAGAUUACUGUUUUUUAACGAUAGGAACCUAUACAAAGAGACGCAUUUGUUCCUCCGAAACCGAAACUGUUUGACAGUGCAUAAUUAACGGUUUUUACUUUGGUUUCAUUAGGAACGUAAUCGCACCGAUCUUCUUCUGGGAUAUCGGUUUUUUGUAAAUUUAGAGUAGGAGGAAUAAUUUUCUACGGUGGUUAGUAAAAGAGAUAAAGAUAUAGUGCAUACUUCAUGAAUAGCCAAAAUAGUAAAGAUUGAUUCUACUGCCCCAGCAGCUCCUAAAAGGUGCCCAAUGGAGCCUUUAGAGCUCGACACAGGAAGCGAUUGAGGGUCUUUGCCAGUACCUUUCAAAAGAGUAGCAAUGGCCCUACUCUCAGAUACAUCACCAAGCUUAGUGGAGGUAGCAUGAGCGUUUAUAUAAUCCAAGUCUUGGGGAGAAACGUUGGCAUUUCUCAAAGCUUUUUUCAUAGCCAAGUACGCAGAUGACCCAUUUGGAUUUGGGGCCGUUAUAUUAUAGUUAUCGGCAGAUUGACCAAAGCCAAGAAUUUCAGCAUAUAUAGGUGCAUUUCUAUGCUUGGCAUGCUCGAGUUCCUCGAGGACCAAAGCUCCGGCGCCUUCUCCGAUAACAAACCCAUCUCUUUCCGAAUCAAAUGGGCGAGAAGCUUUUGAUGGAUCUUCAUUGAAGUUUGUGGAUAAACUUCUGGCUUUGGAAAACCCAGCUAAAACAAAAGGAUUUAUGCAUGCCUCAGAACCACCUGCUAAUAUCACAUCAGCUUGGCCAAGUUUGAUCAAGUUGUAGGCAUCACCAAUGGCAUGACAGCCAGCAGCGCAGGCGGUGGUUACAGUAUGGUUGCAUGCGAUAAAACCAUACUGUUGAGAUAUGUAGCCUGCUGGCAUAUUCAUUAAGACUUUGGUAAUGAUUCUGGGAGAAAUUUUUCGUAUUCCGUUUCUCACAAAUAUAUCGUUUUGUUGAAUGGCGUCUUCUAAAUUACCCAGACCAGUUGCAUAACAUACACCCUGAAAAAGCACUGUUAGCAAACAUCUUUAAGCCCUUAUGACUAAAUUACAAAGCCUGCGUCUACCCCAGAAGACGGCCUUUGAUUAUCACAAACAUACAGUAGCUUCCCUUUCUUCGUCAGUUACAUUAACCCAUUUGGCAUCAGCUAAAGCUUCAGCAGAAGCAGCUAAAGCAAAUUGAGUAAACGUUGCUGUUUCACGUAGUUUACUUUGAUCAAUACAAGUGAGAGGAUUCCAUUCGCCUUCAUUAGUGCCUCUGGGAACCAAGCCUGCUACUUGACUCGGCAGGGACUCAAAUCCGGGUUUAUUUUUUAAAGAAACAAUACCAGAUCUUCCCUGGAGCAAUUUUUCCCACGUCCUUUUAACUCCACAACCUAGAGGAGUUACAGCUCCCAGUCCAGUGAUUACGAUUCUCCUCAUCCUUUAUAUGUUAAAAAACUAAAAACUCGUUUCAAUUUAGUUCAGAAUGCAAUGUAUUUUUAAAAAAAAUAUGGCAUGAUAAGCUAAUGCGCCGAAUUGCAAGAACUUGGGAUCUUCAAUAUGGAUGUAAGUAUCUCACCUUACAAUAAUAAAUGAUCAAAUUUGAAAUGCAUUUUCGAAAAAUUACAUCUCUAUAUGACUAGAAUAAAUACAAGUUAAAUGAAUUAGAAUCA